GUUCGGUUUGCUCACGAACAUACAAGAGAGGCGGUCUUCCGCAUCCUCAAGUAUGUGUAGACGCUUCAACAUCGAUCUCUUUCAGAUUUCAUUACCACAAGUUUCCUAUCUCGAGCAUCUAUAGAAGUCAACAACGUUUUUUUUCACACAAACACGUAUUACUUUCUAAUUCCCUCUCCCGUCUGUGCAGGCAUAGAUCUAAAGCACAGAGCCUCUUCUUCUAUUUUAUUCAAAGGAACCCAAAAUAAGACGAGGAGAGGACAGCAUCAAAGCUGAAAGACGCCACAGUCUGUUCCCACGGAGAUCCUCAUUUUAUAUUUCUCAAAACACUUCAUCUAUCACUCUACUCUUUGCUGAAAACUCAUCUCAUCACUUGAAUCACUACUACGAAAUCAAUUUUCUCUUUGACCGUUGCCAUCGAACCGUGCUGCCGGUACCUUGAUACUCAUAAUACUCUUUUGAAAGCACACACAGAGCUACCGAACUUAAGACAUCCCAAUCCCUGGAGACGAACCGCAUACUUCGGAAGAGUUUGAUAGGAGGAUAAAAAGGGAUCUGAGAACGCAAGAGAGGAACCACAGAACUCAAGGAGGGGGAAAAAAAAAAGAAAACAGAAGAAAAAGAUGGCAACCAGACACCACCACACCACCAGCGGCGGCAUCGGCAACCGGCGAGCGGCCCGCAACGCGGCUUUCCAGGAGAAGAUGCGCCAGAUGCGCCUCCCCCUGGCCCCCUUGGUCCAAAUGUCGACGGGCGCCAUCCACCCGGCCUUCCCCGCGACGCUGCUCAACUUUUGGCUGCUCACCGAGGACCAGCUCGACGACCUGGCGCGCUUUUACCACCAGCGCAGCCCCUCGCCCUGGUCUGGACAGUACCCCUGCCCCAUCACCUGGCAGUCGGGCCUCACCGUCGAGGAGAAGCGCAGGAAGAUUGGCAAGUUUAUUGGUCUUAGAGGCUGUGAGACUCCCAUUCGGAUACGUAUCAAGACUGAGGAGCAAAUCAUGGAGGAGGCGCGGCAGGCGAGAUUAGCCGAGGACGAAGAGGCUUUGAGAAGGAAGAUGCCGUGGUACUCAUGAUCUUCGAGACCACGAAGGUUGUCAUUUGAUGGUUUGGGUUUGCCCUUUGGUUUCCUUGCUUUCUUGCAUGGCAUUGCGUUGAUAUCACAACACAUUUCGAGGCGUUGGUGGCAU